AGCGGAAGUGUUGUCCGUUGUUUCCCUCUGGCUCCUGUGGUUAGCAUGUUAGCUCUUGCUGUUUGAAUGAAAUUUGAAUGGUUUCAAAGUGAUAUUUGCAUACUGAAAUUGGAAACAAGUGAUCGAAAGUCAUGUCUUCCGACAUUGUGAAAAAGAGAAAACCAAAGGUGAUCAGAACUGAAAGCAGUAACGUUACUCCGGAAAACAAACGGGUUCGAGAAGGAGAUCAGCUCAGUGCAGUCAGGUCACAUGUCAAGUUGAGGAAGGUCAGGUUGAGGGAGGUUCAGGUCACGUGUCCUGCAGGAUCUCUUCCUGUUGGACAAAGGAGGCUGUAUGCAGGAAAGAAUCAGGACGUGCGUGUAUAUAAUGAGGAAGCGGAGCUGGUGAGCAGAGACGCGCAGCAGGAUUAUAGUCUGUAUAAAGACACGUGUGCCGCUCUGGCUACACUGAUGGCAGAAAUCCAGGAGCUGAAAGCCAGCGGCGCUAAAGACGGGAAUGUGGAGAUUGAGGAGAGACGCAGGCAGAGCAGCGUUCAUUUCAUCACUUUGAAGAAACUCAACCGUCUGGCGCACAUGAGACUGAAGAAAGGUCGAGAUCAGACACAUGAGACGAAGCAGCGUGUGGAUGUUCUCCACCUUCAGCUUCAGAAUCUGCUCUAUGAGGUCAUGCAUCUGCAGAAAGAGAUCGGCAAAUGUCUCGAGUUCAAGUCCCAGCAUGAGGAGAUCGAGCUGGUCAGCGAGGAGGAGUUCUUUCAGGAGGCUCCAGAGGAGAUCUCACGGCCUCACGUCACUCGAGACGACCACCACCAGCUCACCCUCGCUCGACUGGACUGGGAGUUGGAGCAGAGGAAGCGGUUGGCGGAGCAGUAUAAGACGUCACUGGCCAGUAAGGAGAAGAUCCAGAAAGCUAUUGAACAAAAGAAAGAAUAUCUGGGCAGCCUUCAGCCUGGACUGCAGAACAUCAUGCAGGCGUCUGUACCAGUUCAGGAGUAUCUGUCGAUGCCGUUCGAGCGCAUGCAGAAGCAGGCCGAGGUGGCACGUCACCUUCCGCCUCCUCUCUAUGUGCUACUGGUGCAGGCGAGCGCUUAUGGACAGGCCUGCGACAAAAGUUUGUCGGCGAGCAUCAGUGGAGACGUGGACGAGGCCAAAGCUCUCUCCAGACCUCCAGAAGACUCACAAGAUGAUGAGAGUGAUUCAGACGCUGAGGAGGAGCAGCAGAACACAAAGCGUCGGCGAGGGACCGUCGGCGUUCAGCUGGAUGACAAGCGUCGAGAAAUGUUAAGGCGUCACCCUCUCUCGCUCUGCAUUGACCUCAAGUGUAAAGACAACAGUGUGCUGCACCUGUACUUCUAUUAUCUCAUGAACCUCAACAUUCUCACUGUGAAGAGCAACGUUUCCACUUCUGUGGAUCUGUCAGGAGCCAUCAGUGCCGGGGAUCUGAUGAACCCAGACAGUUUACUCAACUGUCUGUAUGCCUCUGAUCUCGGCCGGGAGACGCCCAACCCUGCCAACCGCUACCAGUUUGAUAAAGUCGGAAUCAGUACGUUUGAGGAUUACGUCUCAGAUUUAGGACAUCCGUAUGUUUGGGUGCAGAAACUGGGCGGCCUGCAGUUCUCCACUGACAACGUGCAGGCCAAGCUGACUCGUAACGCUCUGAGCGCCAGUCACAUGGAGAGGACCAUGAAGCUUCUCGGAGGUCGUCUGCAGUCCAGACUGGCCCUACACAAACAGUUCAGCUCGCUCGAGCACAGCAUCAUUCCUGUGUCCAGCGAGUGUCAGCAUCUCUUCCCCGCUAAAGUGGUUUCCAGCCUCACGCGCUGGACCAUGAUGAGCUACCAGGAAUUCACUGAGCUGGGCUUCGUGCAGCAUUUGCUGAAGGCUGGUCUGGCGUGUGAGACGGAUCUUUUCUUCAUGGCUGUGUUGGAGAGAGGAACGGCACGUCUUCUGGCCGCUCUGGCGCUGAACCCUCGGUAUCCUGAGGUCACGCCCCUCUUCUCCCUCUCCCUCCAAUGGAAAGGAGAAGGAAGCGGCCGCACUGACGAUAACCUGCGGGCAAUCGAGAGUGAGGUAAACGUCUUCCGCGGUGAGCUGCAGGGGCCGCGUCCAGGCCUCCAGCUUCUGACCAAUCAGAUUCAGCGUCUGUGCGUGUGUCUGGAUGUGUACCUGGAGACGGAGAAUCAAGUGUGUGAUGGUUCAGAAGGUCCCAAGGAGUUCCCCAGAGAGAAGAUGUGCUUGAGAACCGCCAGGGGUCCCAGUCGUCUGAAGCCCUAUAAGUACAAUCAUCCUCAGGGUUUCUUCAGUCACCGCUGAACAUUUGGGAUAUGAAGAUAAAGAAUCUGAUCUAGUGUCAUUAGGAGAUAUCUCAUUCGCCCACUUUUAGCUCCAGUUUUCACCUCUGUUUCAUGUUUUGGUAAUAUGAUAUGGAUUAGAAAAUAAAACGUUGUUUUUGAUAGUG